UUACCGGGUCCAUGGAAGUGCUCAACCCUGUUGGGCAGUUGCCACAUCUGGUAUACCGGUGCAGGAGCAACUUUUUAAUGUUCCUAUUUGCCACUACAAUCAUCUCAAUCUGUUCCAUCAUGGUGACUUUUCAAGAAGUUCUGGGAGGACAUUUGAUCCAUCUAGCUUAGAGGUGGCGGCACCAAUUCUGCUGGAGAGAGACGAUAGUCAUGUACACAGAAGAGAAAGUCAUGGCGAUAUCAUCUUUCUAGCAAGUGAGCUCAUACUCUCCAGGCUUAAUUGGUCACGAUAUGACAUGGAGGUGGCAAAACUAUCGACAGGCGCGGCAUGGACAAACCUUCCAUCCCCAUCAGGGAUGACGGAGAACACCGUGAUCCCCACUCUCAAGGCCUUCUCCUUGCGAGCCUAUGACCCAAAGCAGGUGAUCAUUGCUGGCGGCGAUCAGGAGGUUGUGGUGAUCUCUCCUUCUGGUGGCCUACUGGCGUCGAUCGACCUCCCCGCGCCGCCGACUUACGCACUAAUCCUUGAGGAUUUCUCCGGGGAUGGGCUGACUGAUUUCAUGCUGGUGACAUCCGGGGGAGUGUAUGGAUUUGUGCAGACGAGGCAGCCUGGGGCGCUCUUCUUCGGCACGCUCGUCGGCUGCUUGAUCGUCGCGAUCAGGGCGAUUCUUGUUUCUCUACACCUCAACUCGUCGAACAACGGUAAACCAAGGUCUUCUUCGACCGACUACAGGUGACUGCGACAGCGGUAUUCUGCUGAGAGGAUCUUGUGAACAUCCCCGGCACGCAGUGAGGAGAUGUUAUAGUGUUGAAGCAAGACUUCUAUUAAUUAUAGCUGGCUGGAGGUGUUUAGCUUGUGUCUUGUAAGUAUUUGGGUUGGUGAACUUUCGUUGUUCUUCAAUAUAAUCCUUCGCUAGCAUAAGUGUAUAUACCUGAAGACCCCGCAAGAUAAAACACACCUGAAGCUCUCGAGUGUAUAUGCUCAGGCUGCAGCGU